AUGGGGGCGAAAGUUCCCCGCAACUUUCGCCUUCUGGAGGAGCUCGAGAAGGGCGAGAAAGGAUUAGGAGCUGAGGCUUGCUCAUAUGGCUUAUCGGAUGGCGACGAUCUCCUCAUGUCAAAUUGGAACGGCACGAUCCUUGGCCCCCCUCACAGCGCACACGAGAACCGUAUCUACAGUCUCAGGAUUCAUUGCGGUGAUCAAUACCCUGACAAGCCUCCCGAAGUCAGAUUCGACUCUAAGAUCAAUCUGCCAUGCGUCGACCAGAGAUCAGGAAAGGUAUGA